AUGGUACCACCCAAAUUGGCCAAUCAUUCAUCAGGAUUUAAAAGCCAGCUGACAUUUGGGUACCUUGAUCCUUCCUUCAUGAAGUCUGGUUACAUUACAGAAAAAAGUGAUGUCUACAGCUUUGGUGUGCAUUUACUUGCAUUCUUGACUGGACAAAAAGCUGUAGAUAAAUAUGACGCAGGAGAAUACCAAUCGAUUAUUGUAUAUGUGAAAGUACAUGCUAGAGAUAUCGGACAGAUUCAGACAAUUGUGGACCCUAAAAUAUUUGGGGAGAUAACGGGAGAUGGACAAGUACAACAGCACUUGCACGAUUUUCUAGCAUUAGAAUUGCUAUGCACCCAAGAUAAAAGUGAACGAAUGCCAGAUACUCUAGCAUUAGAAUUGCUAUGCACCCAAGAUAAAAGUGAACGAAUGCCAGAUACGAUAGACGUGGCUAAAGAACUCCUCUAA